AGGUCGCUAUGGCUGCUCGCGAGGACGUCGUCGCCUUACAGGCCGAGGUUGCCCUGCGUGAGGAGCAGCUGAGCUCCCUAAAAGAGAGGCUGGCGGCGGCCCUGCUGGCCGAGCAGGGCGCGGAGCCGGAAAGGCUGGCUGCUGUGCCGCCGCUCCCGCCGAAGCCCGCCCUGUCGCGGGCCGAGAUCCUGCGCUACAGCCGCCAGCUGGUGCUGCCCGAGCUGGGCGCCGCGGGCGUGGGCCGCCUCGGCCUGGUGGACUACGACGUGGUGGAAGUGAGCAACCUGGCCCGCCAGGUGCUGCACGGCGAGGCCCUGGCCGGCCGCGCCAAGGCCUUCUCGGCCGCCGCCUCGCUGCGCCGCCUCAACUCGGCGGUGGAGUGCGUGCCCUACGUGCAGGCCCUGACCCCCGCCACCGCCCUGGACCUGGUCCGCCGCUACGACGUGGUGGCCGACUGCUCCGACAACGUGCCCACGCGCUACCUGGUGAACGACGCCUGCGUGCUGGCCGGCCGGCCCCUGGUGUCGGCCAGCGCCCUGCGCUUCGAGGGCCAGAUCACGGUUUACCACUACGACGGCGGGCCUUGCUAUCGCUGCGUGUUUCCUCAGCCGCCCCCGGCGGAGACCGUGACCAACUGCGCCGAUGGCGGGGUGCUAGGGGUCGUGACUGGGGUCCUGGGUUGCCUGCAGGCCCUGGAGGUGCUGAAGAUCGCGGCGGGCCUGGGGCCCUCGUACAGCGGCAGCCUGUUGCUCUUCGACGCCCUCGGGGGCCGGUUCCGCACGAUUCAGCUGCGGAGGCGCAGGCCCGACUGCGCGGCCUGCGGGGAGCGGCCCACCGUGACCGCCCUGCAGGACUAUGAGGCCUUCUGUGGCUCCUCGGCCACCGACAAGUGCCGCGCCUUGCAGCUGCUGAGCCCCGAGGAGCGGGUCUCCGUGACCGACUACAAGCGGCUGCUGGAUUCCGGGGCCCCCCACCUGUUGCUCGACGUCAGGCCUCAGGUGGAAGUGGACAUCUGUCGCCUGCCUCACGCCCUACACAUCCCUUUGAAACACUUGGAGCGGAGGGAUGCGGAGAGCCUGAGCCUCUUGGCAGAAGCCGUCCGGGAGGGGAAGCGGGACACCCAGGGCGGGGCCGCCCUCCCCCUCUAUGUGAUUUGCAAACUGGGAAACGAUUCCCAGAAAGCCGUGAGGAUCCUGCAGUCCCUGAGCACAGCCCAGGGCUUGGACGCUGUGACGGUGCAGGAUGUGGUCGGGGGCCUCAUGGCCUGGGCUGCCAAAAUCGACGCCACGUUCCCGCAGUACUGAGGUGUCCGUGCGCUCCGUCCGGCUCGGCCCGAACGCCUCAGAGACAAACUUGCCUUCUUCAGGAACAUAGGAGGAGCCUGAGAGGGAGCAAUAUUGAGGCUGUUAUAGACUCUUUUUUAUAGGGCGCUUUUCGUGUGUCUCGCUUUCUUGCAGUGCUGAGGAUGAAACUCAGGACUGGCGCUCUACCAUUGAGCUACCUCCUCAGCGCCUCAGCUGGGUUUGGAGCCUUUCGAAGGCCUCACACGAUUAACAUGAGUGGAUUAUACUGUGUCUGAGAAUCGCCUGCGUUUUCAGCAAUGGUGGGGUGUCUUGAAUGCAUGAGAUGUGAUAGGACUUGAUUUUGUAUUUUAAGCUGCAGAUGAUUUACCCGUCUUGCUUUCUUUUUUUCCACCAAUCAAAAAGUUCUCUAAAUAGUCCAUUUUAUGGUUGUUUUUUGCGGGGAUCGAUAUCCAGCCCGGGGCCUCCCAUAGGCUGGGCUGGUGUUCUGCUGCCGAGCUACAUUCCUAGCUUCCGUCAUGCGCGUUAUGCCUGGAAUUAAAAUGUACUAAACAGUC